CGGCAGUGCCUGAAAGAAAAUAAAUGCGAUGGUAUGGUGAAAUGAUUUUUAGGCUUCAUGCUGUAGGCUGGUGUUAGUGUUUUGUAGAAAACUGGAUGUUAUCAUUUGUUUCUUUCGUAUUCCACAAUCAUAAGGAAUUAAUCACUGGUACUCCCAACUUUGAUUAUACUUAUAGACUUGGUUACGCUUACAUAAAACUUGGGCUAUUGUUAGCAGCUUAGCUCACAAGCUAGCCAUAGUUUCACUUUAUCAGUUUGCCGCGUUGCCCAAACUGGGAUUCGGUUUAUUUACAUCACUAAAGUAGACGUCAGGAUAAUUGUCUGUGAACGUCAUCAUCAUGCCUAAAGGAGGAAAGAAGGGUGGACAUAAGGGUCGAAUGAGAACGUACACAAGUCCUGAAGAGAUAGAUGCUCAGAUGAAAGCUGAAAAAGAGCGAAAAAAGAAUGAAGAGGAGGAAGAAGGAGCAGCAGUGAAUGAUAAUCAGAGAGAUGACAAAAUUGCAGGAUCAGGUUCAGAAGACAGUGAUGAUGAAAGCUCUCGACGAAGAAAAGGUGUGGAAGGAUUAAUAGAAAUUGAAAACCCUAAUCGUGUUGCUCAGAAAGCCAAGAAAGUAACCGACAUAGAACUUGAGGGACCCAAACAGCUUUCUAGAAGAGAGAGAGAGGAGAUAGAAAAGCAAAAGGCCAAAGAAAGAUACAUGAAGAUGCAUUUAGCAGGAAAGACGGAUCAAGCCAAAGCAGACUUAGCCCGGCUUGCAAUCAUUCGAAAGCAACGUGAAGAGGCUGCGAGGAAAAAAGAAGAGGAAAGGAAAGCGAAAGAAGCAGCACAAGCAGCACAGGCAGCAGCAAAAGGACUUCAUACACUGUCUCUGAAAUGAUACUAAUUCUGAAAUGAUAGAAAAAAAUUAUAUAUAAUUUACUAUUUUUGAGGACAGGUUUGUUUUGUGAUUGUGUUACGCUUUGUAAGAAGUUACAAUGCGACAUUUCAUUGAAAAGGGAUAUUUAUUCAUUCUCAGUGCUUGAAACCUUGAAAGCCAAUAAUUGAUGGGUGUUCUCUGCAACAUGGCUCAAUGACAAUGCAUAGAUAAUGAUUUUAUUAUUAUUAUGAUUAUUAUUAUUAUUAUAUGAUGUGUUGCAACUGCUAUGUUAGAUGGAGUAAACUAUUAAAAUAUUACUUUAUGAAAGUGUGGCAUCAGGAUUUUCUCACAUUCAACAAUGUAAUAAUGUAUUAACAACAGUAUCAGUAAACCAUCACACUUCCUACUUAUUCUGAAAUAUACUCCCUAUGCUGGCUGUCUGUGUAUACCUCUCUUGUUGAAACCAUCCAGACAACCUUAUUUGCCAUCCUCAUUAUUCUUUAUUAAUGCAUAGCCUUCUGCUCACCUCAGUCACUGUAAUCAUGAGAGCACUACAUUCACCAGGCUAUAUCAUGUUUGACAUGUUGCCAAGAAUGUUCUAAUAAAACGACAAUGUUCAUUAAAAAAAAAAGCCCUGACCACUAUAUGUUUUUGUACAGGAAUUUUAGGAAAUAAAGAAAAAUGGAACAUG